GAUAGAGUCAAUUAAGACUGCGCCAUUUAUCAGCACUUUUUCAGGACAUAGGACAAAUAAUGUAGGUCUUAUUCAACGAUUUACAUUCUUAAAGGCAAGUCAGUUGGUUUAUUCAACAAAAGCAAAUGUGGAAAAGCAAGAAAAUGAAGAAAAAGAUGAAUCCAAAGUGUCAGAGACAGAGAUAUACGGCGUCGAAAUUGAUAAUCAGCUAGAG